AUGGGGGGUGGCACGUGGAAGGCCCAUUUGGCCAUGGCGUUUGUGCAGCUAUUAUAUGGUGGCUACCAUGUCAUCACCAAAGUGGCCCUUAAUGUUGGAGUCAACCAACUUGUCUUCUGCUUCUAUAGGGAUCUCCUUGCUCUCAUCAUCCUUUCUCCAAUUGCUUUUUUCAAAGAAAGACAGACAAGGCCACCCAUUACUAAGAAGCUAUUAAUGUCAUUUUUCUUUCUUGGAUUAACCGGGAUAUUUGGUAACCAGCUCUUGUUUCUUAUUGGCUUAAGUUAUACUAAUCCAACUUAUGCCGCAGCUUUGCAACCAGCUAUUCCUGUCUUUACCUUUCUCUUUGCUGUUAUAAUGAGUGUAGAAAGAGUGAAUUUGAAGAGUUACGAAGGUCUGGCAAAGGUUGGAGGAACUCUUAUCUGUGUUUCGGGUGCCGUAUUGAUGGUUUUGUAUCGCGGUCCGUCAUUGAUAGGAUAUGCAGAACUGGUCAUUAUACCACAGAAUGGAAUAAAUGUUGGUGGUUUGCCAGAGACUUCUGGAUGGUUGAUCAGUGGUUUAAAGGAUCUUGGAUUAGAUAACUUUGAACUUGGAGUUGUGUUCUUGAUAGGGAACUGCAUGUGCAUGGCUGCUUUUCUAACCAUUCUGGCACCGGUAUUAAAAAAGUAUCCUGCAAAUCUAUCUGUGACAGCUUAUUCAUUCUUCUUUGGAGUUGUACUAAUGGCAAUAGUCUCGUUAUUCAUGACGGAUCUAUCAAGUGACUGGAUUUUGACACAACCAGAAAUACUUGCUAUUGUUUAUGCUGGAACUAUUGCAUCUGCCUUUAACUAUGCAGUCAUUAGUUGGUGCAACAAGAUAUUAGGGCCAGCUUUGGUUUCCCUAUACAAUCCACUUCAACCUGGAUUUUCUGCUCUACUGUCUCAGAUAUUCCUUGGAAGUCCAAUUUAUUUGGGAAGCAUCAUAGGGGGGUCUUUGAUCAUUGCUGGUCUUUAUACUGUUACAUGGGCAACUUAUAAGGAAAAACAGGCAAUUGUUGAAAUUACUUCUCAUGAAUCUUGGGUUUCUGAACCACUUAUUCAUGAAAAAAAUGCACAACAAAGAGAUCAUAUAUUUUCGGCGUCCUCCAGCGCAUCAUCAAACCCAAAAUCGUCCGAUUAA